AGCAGCAUCAGUGUCUCCUCCCAGCAUGAGGUAACGCCUCUCUCUCUUCAUGGAGAUAAAACCUCUGCUCCUCUCUGCCCUCUUCACGCACAGUUAGCAGCUCAUGAACACAUCUCCAGGACGCGCGUCUCUUCACUCCUGUCUGUCCAGCAUUACAAGUCUCGCUCCCAUGUUUUGAGUCCGCUAUACAAGCGGAGACAGUCCACCAUGUCCACCGGGUCUCUCAGCGAUGUCGACGACGAGCUCCUGGACGGCAUCCUGAAGUUCGGCUCCUCCGGGAAAGACUCCAACGAGAGCACGGAGGAGAGCUCCAACUGCGAGGGCACGUGCGCCAACGACGCGCCGGGGAAGAAGAAGAAGACUGCGUCUCGGAAAACUGCAUCCAAGGGUGUGGUGCUGCAGGAGGGCAAGCACGGGCAGAGGAACGCAGCGAACGCACGGGAGAGAGCCAGGAUGCGCGUGCUGUCCAAAGCGUUCUCCAGGCUGAAGACGACCCUGCCCUGGGUACCGGCGGACACCAAGCUCUCCAAGCUGGACACGCUGCGUCUCGCGUCCAGUUACAUCGCUCACCUGCGGCAGAUACUGGCCAACGACAAAUAUGAGAACGGAUUUAUCCACCCUGUGAACCUGACGUGGCCUUUCAUGGUUGCAGGUAAGCCGGAGACCGAUUUGAAGGAGAUGCUGAACACAACCAGAUUAUGUGGAACAACAGCGUCGUGACGAAACCACGCAGACACCACUGUUUGUUUGAAAUGGACCAAUGAUUUUCAAAUAAGAAAAAAGAACAGGACUGAAAUGCACGUCUCAUCUCCGGGGACACUGAGUGGGAAUAAUGGAGAGAGUUUUCUCUCCUCUUCUUUCCUGUAAAGACAUUUUUAUUUAAAUGCUUCCUGUCACCAAAUGUUGUCUUUGCUGGUUCAAAGAUAAAUUGCGUGCUUUUAUAGCAGCAUUUUUUUUAUACUCUGCAAAUGCAUUUUUUUUUUUACCUGUUCUGGCGGUUUCAUUACAAAGGAUGUCUACUGUUGUACAGACUGGGCUACGUGUAUAUAAAAUAUAUUUGUAUCACUUUUAAA